AUGGCUGCCUUCUUCUUAGGCAUAAAAGAAGCACAGGAGUUAGAGAUGCAACGAGUGUGGGUGGAAUGCGACUCAGCCACGGUAGUCAAUGGCAUUCUAGCUUCUAAUAUGCCUUGGGAGUUCAUUCAACGCUGGUGGUCUAUUAAGGUUUAUCUUAAUUCCAUUCAAUGGCGUAUCUCUCACUGUUACAGAGAAGGGAAUGUCCCAGCAGAUGUUCUUGCUAAUCGGGCAGCAUACACUAAGGCUACGGAGAAGUGGAAUGAUUCCCCAUCUUUCAUAGCACACUCGAUUGAUAGGGAAGCCACGGGCAGAUCGUACUACCGCUUCUGCUAA